AAUCAACAAACCUGUACACAGGACAUCAAUACAGUGCUGACAGAGAUGAACGCCUCAUUGGCAGGACUGAAAGUUGGUAUGGAGCAUCUACAGAAAGAUAAUGAAGCUAAGACAAAAGAACUGGACUUGCUAAAAAAACAAUACCAAGCUCAGGCAGAGGAACUAAUCAGUGUGAAAGUCAAGACAAACAACACUGAAAACGAAGUGGAGAAUCUGAGGAGAGAAGGAGAAGUGAAUCGAGUGGCUUUCUCAGCCUCCUUGAUGGACUCAGGUGGUGGAGACGUUGGACCAUUUAAUGCACAGACGGAUCUGGUCUUCAAACGUGUUAUUGCAAACAUCGGAAAUGCAUACAACCCAAAUACAGGGUUUUUUAUUGCACCAGUGAGAGGAGUCUACCACUUUGAGUUUUUUAUCUUUGGACAUGGACAUGCUUCACACUGUUCAGGUGCUGUGCUGUUCAAAAAUGGAGAACAUAUCGUUAUCGGAUAUGAACAUCAGGCUUCUCUCAAUGUUAAUGGUGGUAACAGUGCCACCUUGCUGUUAGAGGUUGGAGACGUUGUGUUUUUGCGUCAAUGGCAAAACUCAAGGCUUUUUGAUAACAAUAAUCAUCACAAUACCUUCAGUGGUCAUUUGCUUUUCACCAUGUGAGGAUCAAGCAGUGCUGAUUUUCUGCAAGAAGAAAAUUUUCUAUCACCAUAACACCAUGUCUGAAGUGCAUACAUUAAGCUACACUCUAAAAAGUAUUUUUGGCUGUUGUUAAUUUUAUGGACUUAUUUAGAUCAAUCUCACUUCAUUCAUUUGGUGUAGUGAUGACAACUUACUUUUUUGCGUUCAAUUAGCUUAAAAGUUAACUAACUUAAAUUAACUUAAUUAACUUAAAGGAACUUUUUACUUUGACUUUCUUGAAAGAAUUGAGUUAAAUGCCAGUUUCAUAUCCUAUGUCUGACCAAUUAUGAUCAUCCAACUAAAUUUACUAAGUUUUUAGAACUUAAUUCAUUAAGUGUAUUUAAUAUUACAAAUUUAAGUCACACUUACUGAAAUCACUUAUUUUUGUUUAAUAAAUAAUUCAAAUCUUUUUA